AUGGCAACUACAACAUGCUUCCUUUUGGGUGUCAAGUGUUCGACCAAUAAUCGUCCCGUUAACUUUGCAGUUGGUCAUCUCAAGACUGCACUCUCAACUGCUGUAAAGCCCAUGAUAGGGGAAAUGGGAAUAGCAACUCUCAAAAGUGAAGCUAGUAAAGCUAUCAAGAUGGCUCCUUUGUCAAUACUCAACACCCUUGUGGAUUCCAUUUUUCAAUUUGUCGACCAACCAAUGCUUCCGUCACAGGCAAACUUUGCCCCUGUUGACGAAAUUGGAGGACCUGUAAAAGUUAAUUGUAGUCAUGGGGAGAUUCCUGAAGAUUUCCCAGAGGGUGUUUUUGUUAGAAAUGGCUCAAAUCCUCUAUUUGGAGGUUUAAAAUCUACAGUAUCGGUGUUUGGUAAAACAGACAGCAUAUGGAUUGAAGGAGAAGGGAUGCUUCAUGCUCUGUAUGUCACCAAAGAUGCAGAAGGAAACUGGACCGUUUCCUACAACAACCGAUUUGUGGAAACAGAAACAUAUAAAAUGGAAACAGAAAGGAAGAGACCUUGCUUUCUUCCUGCUGUUGAAGGAGAUCCUGCGGCCACACUAGCUUCAUCGUUUUUCAACAUGCUGAGAUUUGGGGAAGUCAACAAAAUCAUGAGCAACACCAAUGUUUUUGAGCAUGGAGGAAAGUACUAUUCAAUUGCUGAGAAUUAUGUGCCACAAGAGAUAGAUUUAGUUAGUCUUGCAACCUAUGGUAAUUGGAACCUGAAUGGAGCUUGGUCACGACCUUUCACAUCUCACCCGAAGAAAGUACCAGGUACAGGGGAACUGGUUAUGAUGGGGUUUGAGCCGAUGAAACCAUAUUGUGUUAUGGGUGUAAUCUCAGUUGAUGGAAAAGAGCUUAUCCACAAGUUCGAUCUACAGCUAGAUCAUUGUUCGAUAUGCCAUGAAGUAGGUGUCACGAAACAGUACAACGUACUAAUCGAUUCUAUGCUCACACUAAGCAAGGAGAGGGUGAUAAAAGGAGGCCAGUUAUUUAAGUAUGAGAGGGAGAAAGAUGCAAGAAUCGCAGUGAUUCCUCGCUAUGGUGAUGCUGACUCGAUUAAGUGGUUUCAUAUAGAACGAUGUUGUACUUAUCACCUACUGAACAGCUUUGAAGAUGGAGAUGAGGUUGUUGUGAGAGGAUGUAAAGCUAAUGCAGCCAUCAUUCCAGGACCUGGGUGGGGUGAGAAUAAGUUUGAGUGGUUCUCUAAAGGAUUUAACUUUAAAACGGGGGACUCGGGCAAUAGAAAUGGUCACGGAAUGACAGAAGAAGGAAUGCUAUUCACUAGAGUCAGGGAAUGGCGAUUAAACUUGGAGACGAUGGAGGUUAAGGAGAAAGAUAUAACUGGAACUGAAUACUCGAUGGACUUCCCAAUGAUCAAUGCAGAUUUUAUAGGUCUUAAACAUCAAUAUGGAUACACUCAGGUUAUUGAUUCCCUUGCAAGCUCUAAAUCAGCAAAAACUAAAUAUGGUGGACUCGCCAAGUUGUACUUUGAAGUAAAGGUCGAGGAGCAAGACACCAAUGGCGAACAGAAUAUAAAAACAGAGUACCAUUGGUUACCCAAAAAUAACUUUUGUACAGGAUCGGCUUUCGUGGCAAAGCCAGAAGCCAUAGAUGAAGAUGAUGGUUGGAUUAUUACAUUUGCUCAUGAUGAAGACACAAACAAAUCCUAUGUAUUGGUAAUCGAUGCUAAGAAAUUUUGUGAUGAGCCAACAGCCAAGAUUAAUCUCCCUCAACGGGUGCCAUAUGGUCAUCAUGGUUCUUUCUUUGCGUCUACAUAAGCAAGCACUUGAAUCUAUCUAAAGCAUUUUAAAGUUCUUCAUUAAUGCACGUGAAGAUAUGAUUGA